AUACUCAGAUAGACUGUCUGCCAUGAAGAAGAGAGGCAAAAAGGUGCUGGAGGAGGAGAGGUUGUGCUGCUGUGAGUAUGUGAACAGACAUGGAGAUCGCAGCCAUGUAGCCGCCUGCUUCUGUGACUGCGAGGACCUGGAUGAUGCCUGCGACAGGUUUCUCAAGAGGGAGCCUCAGAAAUCUGAAUCCAUGUCACAGGUGGCUGAAGUGGUCACAGACCGCCUCCGUGUGCCCUGGCUGUGGGGUGGAGCCCGAAAAGUGGACUUGUCCAUCAUCCCUCCUCUUGUUCUCCUUCCUGUCCUGCUGCGCCUCGCUGCUCUCCACUACCUGCUCGGCAUGGUGGUUAUGACAGCUCUGCCUGGCCUGGUGCUGUGGUACUACUAUUUCACACACCGCAAGAAGGGACGGACGCUCUUCUUCUUGAGCCUGGCCCUCUUCUCCCUGUCGUACAUGUACUACCUUUUCAUCACAGAGGUGUUCCCAAAUGGGGAUCUUGGCCUUGUGCAGCUAACGGUGGUAACAGCAGGUGUCUUGCUCACCCUGGUAGCCCUAAUCCACACAAAAAGAGAUCCCGGCAUCUUGCGUCCAAAUCAGGAAGCAGUCCACAGCACAGUGACAUAUUACACCCCUCUAGCAGACAGAGACCCGGCAGUCAACGGGGGGAGGCAGGAAGUGACGAUGGUAUCCAAUCGGGCAGGACUGACGGAGCAGGUGGGGGACGAGCUGAAGGAAAAUAACAAAAGGAACUGGUGUGCAGUGUGCGGAGUGGUGCAGCCACCGAGGGCCGGACACUGUCGGAUCUGUGGCGUCUGCGUGCAGCGUCUCGACCACCACUGUGUCUGGAUAAACAGCUGUGUGGGGCAGGCCAAUCACCGCAGCUUCCUGCUUACACUCGUCCUGUUCCUGUUGACGUCCCUGUACGGGAUCAGCCUGGUGCUGCAGAGCGUGUGUCCCAAACAACGCCUAUUCACAGCCCUGCUCUACUGCCCGGGGGUCUACAACCAGUACAGCACCGCUCUUUGCUUCACCUGUGCCUGGUACUGUAGUAUUGUGACCGGUGGCCUGCUCCACUUGCUGGUGGUACAGGUCAUCAAUGUCAGCUACAAUGUGACCGAGCGCGAGGCUCGAGUUGCCCUGCGAGACAAAACCGCUCACAGCGCCUGCUGGGGACUCAUCGUGGACACUGGCAUCUACUCUCGAGGUUUCCGUGACAACUGGGCAGAGUUCAUGACCAUGGGGGAAAACCUUAGUCCUCCCUGUCCUGCCCCAACAGACCUGGUGUGAGAGACUGUAACACAGCUGUGAUUUAAAAAAAAAAAAAAGACUUUGGAGUUCAUCGUUGCUGUUCUGUUUAUGUCCACUUGAUGGCAGCAUGGCUCCUUUGCUGGCUGAGAGCCCCCAGGACUGAAAUCACCCGGUUACUGAAGCCCUGACGUUGACACAUAGCAAUAAUUUCACACCUCAGUGAGAUACAUUCAGUCCUCUUAAUGUCACUGAUAACUGGCAUCUCCUCCAUGCAGCUUUAUCCACUCACACUUUAACUGCCUUUCACUGCUGCCUCAUUUCCUCUCAUGCCCAGCAAACAUCACUGUUUCCGUCACACUGAUGGUCUUCCCUGGUCUAAAUUGGCUUUAUGUCUCCCAUACAUUUUAGUGCCUUGCUGGGAGACAGCAUACAAGAAAAAAAAAAAUGAGCGAACGGUUCGUCUGUUGAUGCUCUUAAUCCUGGAGUUGGUCAAUCCUGCACAGAGCAUGUAUUGCGCUUUAUUUCAAGGACGCUCUUUUCUUUGCACACAUCAUUUGUUUCACAUCUACAAACUCCUAACAACAGUCUUCACCAAGCAGGACACCUUACUUCACUUGUGAAAUGUGUUGUGGUUAUCUGUGACAGACAUGUCAAACAUCACAUCACCAAUCACAUAAUCUGGCUCAUUAAAUUCUGCUGUGUGUCAUUGCAUUAUCAUAAUUAAUGAUUUGCUUGUUAUGAGGAGGUGAAUAGCCACUUUUACUCUCAAACUACAUAAAACUGUAUUUAACAACUCUGGAAAAAUAAAUACAAACAAUUCACAUAAUGUCAGCUAUAGAAGUUAUCAGUGGUUUUCAUUAUAGCUGCUUUUAUAAAUUGUCAAAGAGAUUGAAAGUCUUUUAUUGGUAUCCUGAACAGUGUAUGGAUUUAUCUGUGUUGAUUCUCUUUAUUUAUAAUAAAUAAAUGUGAGGAAUA